GAGUGCCACAAGGACACUCAAUUGAUGUUAAAGUUCUGUGCAAGCCGAGUAACUACUGGCCAAGACUAAUUAGAUAAUCUAUCGAAAUUGGAUCGUUUUGUUUACGUGACAAACCUUACUAAUUGGCUGUGUCGGGUGGUGGCGGGUUUCAUGACACAUUUAUAUUCAGGCGAUGUAACCAAAAAAAAUUAUUAUAGAAACAUUGAUUGGCUAGCUGCAGGGAUGGUGGGAGGGGGGACAGACCUGUUCAAAUGCCGUGCAAGUUCCUGUUUAUUAAAAAAAGAAACAAAAAAUUGAGUUUUGGACGUCACAAGGCUGGUUCCCUUUUCUCUUGAAGUAUAAAACAAGAAAACUGAUUUAAUCAACUUCUCAGAUGAGUUUAUUUUUUUUUUAAACAAGUUGAGUUAUGGACGUCACAAGGCUGGUUCCCUUUUCUCAUGAAGUAUAAAACAAGAAAACUGAUUUAAUCAACUUCUCAGAUGAGAGUUUAUUUUUUUUUAAACAAGUUGAGUUAUGGACGUCACAAGGCUGGUUCCCGUUUCUCUUGAAGUAUAAAACAAGAAAACUGAUUUAAUCAACUUCUCAGAUGAGAGCAUUGCUUUUCAUUUCAUCCAAAAUAAGGCUGGACAUUACAGAGGUUUUUUGUAUUUCAAUGCUAUGAGAAUGCAUUUCCACGUGCAAGGCUUGGCAGUGUUUGGCCGAAUGUGGAUCGGUGUCAUUUGUUGGUUUGCCUUGAGACACCACCCAGAAGUGGCAGCUGAAGUGGCGUGGGAAGUGAUUUAUGGACCGAAGGUCGUGACCUGCCCUGGAAGCACCGUGAUUCUUCCCUGUUCCUUCACGUACCCCGAGAGGGAUGGAUCUGAAGUGACACUGGCUGUUUGGAAGAAAGGCUACGCGCAUUCAUCACCUUACGUGUACAGCCUAACAGCUCCAGUGGCAUCGUAUAAGGACCGGAUGUCUCUGGUUGGAAACCUGAAGGAAAAAAACUGUUCCCUUAAGAUCAUCGACGUAAAAAGUUAUGAUGCUUCAACUUAUUUCUUUCGGUUUGCGGUGUCGAACAGCUUCACUGGAGCAGGAGGAAUUACGCUGGAAGUGAAAUAUCCAUAUAAACCCAGAGACAUCAAAGUUAAGUUUGACCCCGACAAAGUGACAGAGGGCAUGAAUGUGACUGUGAUGUGUGAGAGUGACAGCUGGCCCCCGGCUCACGUCACGUGGGUCAGAGAAAUGCGUAAUGGGCACAAAGAGUCACUGGCCACGUUCGGAGAAAGAAUAACAAUACCACGAGUACAGGUGGAAGAUUCCGGCUGGUACCAUUGCAAAGCAACGAACACCGAAGGAAGUGGUAGUUCAUUUGGAUAUCUAAAAGUGUUGUGUGGAGGCGGCGUUUCCUCCUCAGUGACGUAUGGGGCCAAGGUGGUGCAUGUGACGAAGGGUGCACAGGCCAUGCUCCCGUGCUCAUUUUGCAUUGAAACGUUCAAUAAAUCGUCACCCGUGGAAGGCUACUGGCUCCUCAACAAUGCGAGAGAUUUUACACACAUCGUCUACCGAGUCAGUGCCAAAUCCACAGGAAUAAUGGACUAUCAAGGCCGCGUUUCUCUACCUGGUGACCGGACAGCACGCAACUGUUCUCUACUCAUUGAAGACAUCAGAAUAUCGGAUGAGAAAACUUAUUAUUUUUACCCGGAAGUACAUCGUACACAAAUAGGUGCAGGAAUGGGAAUUGAACUGAAGGUUAUUGCGGUACCAGACAGCGUGCUCGCACAGCAAGAUGUGCCGGCACUGGUGAUUGGAAAACCGGCCUCCCUGAGCUGCAGUGUAGCGAACGUGUACCCCAGGGGCUCGAUAAACAUCACCUGGUGCGAGGAUGUCAUCACUGGAGGAGUGAUCACGGAGACUGAAACGGCGCUUCCAGAUGGAACGUUCAACAUCACAAGCAGACUUAACUUCACGCCAUCAGCAGACCAUUGUGGAAAGAAGUGUCUUUGCUCUGUCCGGGGUGUGAACCUCCGGUCAAUGCUCCAGGAAACCAUCGCGUUGUAUUUUGAAACAUCGGGCAUCAGUGAACGGAUUUGUCUCAUAUCUCUGGCAGCACCUAUUCUGGCCUGGGGAGCUGUGGGCUUGUGUUUUUUCUAUUUAAAGAAAAAGAAAGCACCGGCCAUCACUCCAACUGACCAUAGAGAAGAGGUUCAAGUUUACGAUGAUUUGGUUCUUCAAUGUCAUUCUGCUUAAACUGUUUUCAAACCCAGGAAAUGUCUAUUUCC